AUGAACAGCCUCCCUGUCCUGCACCUUCUCCUGCUCCUGCUUGGACUGCAAGCCCCGCAGGCCCAGGGGCGGUCCUUGCUGACAUACCCGCCUCAGCAAAACUUCAAGAUGAUCAGUGAAAUUACAGACAUCUUAAACAGUUCACCCUCGCCUGCAGAAGAAACCUUGGACCCAAAUGAGACAAACACCCUGCUGAACACUACCCUUCUGAGGCCAAACCUGGAUGCAUUCUUGAAUGCUACCAAAAAUUUCUACAGCAACGAAUCACUUAUCUGGAAAAAUCUUAAGGAAUUCCUGCCACUCCUGCCGACUCCCACACCCAGGGGAGAACCAAUCUCUAUUGAGAAUAACUGGAGUGAUUUCCAAAAGAAGCUGAAAAAAUAUCUGGAAGCCCUUGAUAACUUUCUGAAUUUCAGGAACAACCACUGAGUCCUGGAAUUCUCAGUCUGAUGUCCCCUCUGUCUCUGGGCCUUGGAUGUCAGACACAGCAGGACACCUGAAGACUCUGGGGUGUCUCUCACACAGUCCAGGACUGGAGAGAUUACAUUUUCUCCAGUGGAGUCAGAACAAUUGUUCAUUAUCUAAUUUCUGAAAUGUGCUGCCCCCAUUUGGCCUUUUGUGAUGAUGGUCUCAUUUUUAUUCUAUAGAAGUUAUUUAUUUAUGUAUGUUUUUAUUUAUAACCUUAUGUAACAUGAAAUGUAUUUAUUUUAGCAAAGGAGCCUACGUCCUGCUCCUCCUAAACAAGACUCAAGAGGGGGGACUUGGGGCUUGUUCAUUUGUACCUAAGAUUUUAAACUGAUUUCUACACAUCUGAGAAAAUAAA